AUGGACAAGCUCUCUCACCUCGGUUCCAAACUCGGCGGCGGCAGCCACGCUGGCGGCGCUCAAGGUCAGGAGGACUACGUCGACCGCGAGACAGGCCUCGAUGCCGUUGAGCAGCGUGCCAGCGGCGGCAAGAUCGACACCAACAAGAUGCGCGGGACCAACGAGAAGAUCACCGACGGUGCGCGCAACCACUUCGAGAAGUCCACGGGACACCACGUUCCCUCGAAGAUCUCCAACUAG